AUGCCGAUCAGCAAUCUAUUUACCUCCGUCGUCAACGCCCUGAUUGUUAGCCGCCUGCUGGCCAGCAUGAGCGGCUCCGACUUCUAUCUCCGUAGCCUCAGCAUCAUGCCGGCGCUCAUGGCGCCCGAGAAGCGUGGCACAUUCAUCACCAUCAUUGGCUGCUCCUGGGGAGUCGGCGUGGUAUCUGGGUCUGUCAUUAGCGGUGUCUUCAGUGUGUCGCCGACCACAUGGGGCUGGAUGUUUUGUAUCAACCUGGUCAUUGGCGCGAGUGCCAUAUCUACAGGUACUGUUUCCACUUUGUGUUCAGUUUGA